GGUCCCGGAUGCGUUUCCCCGCCGUUGGGUCAGCGUCUGGGCGUCACAUGUUGUUGUAGACUUUGUUGCCCCCGGGAAAGCCCUGAAGUGUUCCUUGGGAGGGCGCCGGUCCUUGUGUGUUCUGGGUACAUGUAGCGAUUCUCACCCGGGAGUCGGGGUUCCCGGUCCUAGUGCCCGGCGGACACCCGCGCGGGGCUCGGACGGUGCUGCGGAGGCCGAGGGCCGAGCCGAGAGCAGCCUGGCUCCGCUGGGCGCCGAUGGCCGCGCGCUCCCUGGGAAAGGCUUUCGCCACGGUGUCUCUCUCAGUGGCCCUGGCCUCAGUGACUGUCGGGUCGUCUGGCUGCCGCAGCAUCCCGGAGCGCAGAAACUCCUUUUCAUCUCGGUGGCUUCAUCUCAACUCUACCAUCAUGUCCAGUUCUAAUGGUGGCAAAGAGAAUUCUCACAACAAGGCUCGGACAUCGCCUUACCCAGGGUCCAAAGUUGAACGAAGCCAGGUUCCUAAUGAGAAAGUAGGCUGGCUCGUUGAAUGGCAAGACUAUAAUCCUGUGGAGUAUACUGCCCUCUCUGUCUUGGCUGGACCUAGGUGGGCGGACCCUCAAAUCAGCGAAAGUAACUUUUCUCCCAAGUUUAAUGAGAAGGAUGGGCAUGUGGAGAGAAAAAGCCAGAAUGGCCUGUAUGAAAUUGAAAAUGGGAGACCCAGAAAUCCUGCAGGACGGACGGGCCUGGUUGGCCGGGGGCUCUUGGGGAGAUGGGGCCCAAAUCAUGCUGCAGAUCCCAUUAUAACCAGGUGGAAGAGGGACAGCAGUGGCAAUAAGAUCACCCACCCUGUUUCUGGGAAAUGCAUCUUACAGUUUGUUGCAAUAAAAAGGAAGGACUGUGGAGAGUGGGCAAUCCCAGGGAUAUAUAAGGGCUAUGUUGAUGAUCCUCGAAACACUGACAAUGCAUGGAUGGAGACAGAAGCUGUGAAUUACCAUGAUGAGACAGGUGAGAUCAUGGACAACCUUGCCCUGGAAGCUGGGGACGAUGCUGGGAAAGUGAAGUGGGUGGACAUCAGCGACAAGCUGAAGCUGUACGCUAGCCAUGCGCAGUUCAUCCACCUCGUGGCAGAGAAGCGAGACGCACACUGGAGCGAGGGCUUGGAGGCUGACUGCCGGAGCCCCUAGCCUGCGCUGCAGGUCCUCAGAGGCCAUCACAGAGCACAUCCGAGGAGGAGAGUCACAGAUCUUGUGUGGGGACAGUGUGGGCAAGGUCACCCAUGAAUCAUUUUAUUCACACUCAGAAUAUUUAUAUUUGGAAGGUUUGACAUCAGAAUAAAAUGAGUAAAUGUCAUAAAAAUUUUCAUCUUUCUGGUCAAAAGGAUUUGAUAUGGUAAUAUUUUGUAUAUGUUCUAUUUAAGCAUGCCAUAGGCCAAAUUUAAAUAACUGAUGUUCUUUGACAAAUUGUAACUAGAAUAAAAAUAAAUCCCCAAUUAGCUGUAACUUCUGUUUUCCAUUUAGUUCUUUUUGUCUUACUAAUCUGAAAAAAGUGAAAACUUUGUGUAUUCUUGACUUGGAGUCAGCAGUUUCAUAAGUUAUAGGGUUUUUUUUGUCCAAUAAGGUCAAUUAAAGUAAGCAUUCAUAUUCUCAUUUUCAGAAAUCCUAAACUUAAUCUGUCCAGGGAGUUAGUAAUUUGUGGAAAGUUUAUUCUAUUAUAACUUUUAUGUGCCACAAAUUGAUUAAAAAUGGAUGUAGAAAGGAAUGGAAAGAAAUUGAAGUCAGGCCAAGUCUGAGGGUGGUCCUUGUGAUGACAGUGCUUUGUUUGUUUUUGCUUAUUUAUUUUUCUUUUUCAUUUUAUGUCUUUGGUACAGGUUCUCACUAUACAG